GCGUUUGUGGGCUCAUUGCGAUUGCGCUCACACAGUCUUGAAUUUGUCCCGCGGAUGCAUGCGAGAGGGGGAAGCUCUCCCGUUAUAGCGAGGCAGCGCAAAAGUGUCGGCGGCAGGACGCGGGGCGCUGCGCAGAGCGGAGAGUAGAGAAGCGGACGUGGUGAGCGGAACAGCUCUCUGAGACCAAAGUGUGAGCUGUGAACAUAAACGGCAGCAGCAGACCCAACGGCAUAAGUCAGCAUCUCCAUUGUUGUUUUUUUUUUUUGAGCACACCUCUUGAGAAAAAAAAAAGCUAAUCGGAGGAGGUCGCCGUCUUGCUCGUUAUUCCACCAGGACGGCUUCAGUCCGAGCGUCCGCUGCCCGGCUCCAACACGCUACCGUGCGCUCCCAUGAUGGACCAGCACUGGUGAUUCGGUGAGGGAAGACAAGCCACCCUGGACGCCAACAAGUCCACCGUGCUUUGAGCAAAAUGGGCUGUUAUUACAUUGUGGAGGUGGGGGCUUUGCUGUAACACCGGCGGAUCAUGGCAGGGGUACACGCUUCAGAUGUUGUGUCGGGACAUUUUUUGGAUCCUGCCAUCGGCGCCCAGCCGGCCCAGGGCGAGACCAACGCAGCGGGAAUCACCGGCAAUGCGGCCGCGCUGCCUCAGACCGGUACCCGGGCAUACUUGGAGGUGUCAGCUGCUGCCCAGGGCUACGGGGCCGAGGGAGUUUACACCAAUGGACGGUACAGGGAGCACAGCAGUCCGAGGAUCGGGAGUGGCAGCCGAGAUAAUUCCGCCGAGAGAAGUCAGGGAACUGGAAACACACCUUGCGGCAUCAUGAAGGAUGGUUCCAAACAGAGGCAGGUGAGGAAGAAAACCGUGUCCUUCAGCUCAAUGCCAAGUGACCGCAAAAUCAACAGCACAGCUGCUUGCAUGGCGUUCAUGAUGGAGGGUUGUGAAAUGAAGAAGGUGCGUUCCAAUUCACGCAUGUACAACCGCUACUUCCUGCUGGAUCCAGACAUGCACUGGCUUCGUUGGGAGCCAUCUAAGAAGGAUUCAGAGAAGGCUAAACUGGAAAUCAAGGGCAUUAAGGAGGUCCGUUUGGGAAAGAAAACGCCAGUUCUGCGCAGCAAUGGUCUCUCAGAUCAGUUCCCUGAUGAAUGCGCCUUCUCAAUAAUCUAUGGGGAUAAUUAUGAGUCCUUAGAUUUGGUAGCCAGUACAGCAGAUGUUGUCAGCACCUGGGUGAUGGGCCUGAGGUAUCUGGUGUCUUAUGGCCGGCACACCGUGGACAUGAUGGAACCCAGCCAACCAAGUCUACGAACAUCUUGGAUUGGCUCAGUGUUUGAGCUAGCAGAUAUGGAAAAGGAAGGACACAUAGACCUGUUCAGAGCCACCCAGAUAAUCAAGGGGCUCAACCCUGGAAUGAAAGAGUCUAGGAUAGAGCUGAAGUUCAAGGAACUCCAAAAAGCUAAAGACCAAUACGGAGAGGCAAUUAACAUGGACACCUUUGUGGAGGCCUACUGUGAGCUCUGCACACGGCCAGAGAUUUUCUUCCUUCUGGUCCAGUUCUCCAGUAACAAGGAGUAUCUGGACAGUAAAGAUCUGAUGCUAUUCGUAGAGGUGGAGCAGGGUGUGGAAGGUGUAACGGAGGACAUGUGCAGGGAUAUUGUUCAGAAAUUUGAGCCAUCUGCUGAAGGCAGAGAGAGGGGCUACCUCUCCAUCGAUGGCUUUACACACUACCUCCUCUCCUCUGAAUGCCACAUCUUUGACCCCCAGCACAAACGCGUGUGCCAGGAUAUGAACCAGCCUCUGUCCCACUAUUACAUUAACUCGUCACAUAAUGCCUCCCUUCUGGAAGAUCAUUUUUGGGGUUCGUCAGACAUCAGCAGCUAUAUCCGAGCUCUUAGGAUGGGCUGUCGCAGCAUUGAAGUUAUUGUAUGGGAUGGCCCUGAUAAUGAACCAGUCGUGUAUGUAGGUAGUUCUGUAGCCUCACAUCUAGCUUUUUCGAAAGUCCUGGACAUUAUAAACCAAUAUGCUUUUGAGAGCUCUGAGUAUCCCCUGAUUCUCUGCUUAGUGACCCACUGCUGCAUCCACCAGCAGAGGGUCAUGGCACAGCACAUGAAGAAGAUUCUUGGGGACAAGCUGUACAUUGAUUCCCCAAACAAGGAAGAAAACUACCUACCAUCCCCUGAGAAACUCAAAGGUAAAAUCCUCCUCAAGGGUAAGAGGCUACCGCCCAGCUGCACUGACGCUGAAGGAGAUGUGACGGAUGAGGAGGAGGGUCUGGAAAUGUCCCGAAGAGUAGGAGCUGAUGAGAAGGACCAGCUAAAUGGCUUAGGCUACAAGAGACUCAGACUGUGCAGGGAGCUCUCUGAUCUUGUAUCUCUCUGCAAGUCAGUCCAGUUUAGGGACUUUGAAAUCUCUAAGAGGGACCAAAAAUACUGGGAGAUCUGCUCCUUCAAUGAGGUAGAUGCAAACAGGUUUGCCAAUGAGUUCCCAGAGGAAUUUGUUUGUUAUAACAAGCGCUUUCUCUCCAGGGUAUAUCCCACACCUAUGAGAAUUGAUGCCAGCAACAUGAACCCCCAGGAUUUCUGGAAAUGUGGCUGCCAGAUUGUAGCCAUGAACUACCAGACGCCAGGCCUGAUGAUGGACCUCAACUUAGGCUGGUUCAGGCAGAACGGCAACUGUGGGUAUGUUUUGCGGCCAGCCAUCAUGAGGGAGGAGGUGUCCUACUUCAGUGCCAACGCUCGGGACUCCUUGCCAGGAGUAUCUGCCCAGCUUCUUCACAUCAAAGUCAUCAGUGGGCAGAACCUGCCCAAACCUCGUGGCUCUGCUGCUAAGGGUGAUGUGGUGGAGCCCUACAUAUAUGUGGAGAUCCACGGCAUCCCAGCUGACUGUGCCGAACAAAGAACCAAGACUGUUUCCCAGAAUGGUGACAACCCAAUUUUUGAUGAGAGUUUUGAAUUCCAGAUCAAUUUACCGGAACUUGCAGUACUGCGCUUUGUGGUGCUGGAUGACGACUAUAUUGGAGACGAGUUCAUUGGCCAGUACACCAUCCCAUUUGAGUGCCUACAGCCAGGCUAUAGACAUGUCCCCCUACAAUCUCUGACAGGAGAGUUCCUACCUAAUACCACCCUGUUUGUCCAUGUAGCCAUCACCAACAGGCGGGGUGGAGGAAAGGCACAUAAGAGGGGUCUGUCUGUCAGGAAGGGUAGGAGGGCCCGGGAGUACACCACCACCAAGACCACAGGGAUCAAGGUAGUGGACGAGCUCUUCAGAGCUUCUACCCAGCCCCUCAGGGAGGCCACAGACCUCAGAGAAAAUGUGCAGAAUGCCAUGGUGUCCUUCAAGGAGCUCUGUGGCCUGACCCCGGCUGCCAACAUGAAGCAGUGCAUCCUGACGGUGUCUACCUGGCUGAUGAACAGUGAGCGCUCUCUGAGAGUGACAGUGGACCUGAGCGAGACUUACCCCACCAUGGAAGCUCAGGGACCUGUGCCUGAGCUGCUACGCAAAGUGCUCAACGCCUACGACAUGAUGAUCCAAACCAGCAGAACGCUGAUUGAGUCAGCUGACGUCGUCUACUCCAAGCUCACACAAGCACAACGGGCAGGUCUGGACUUCCAUGAGGACCUGCAUCGUAUCGGAGCAAAGGAGGGUCUGAAAGGCCGCAAACUUCAGAAGGCCAUGGAGAGCUACGCUUGGAACAUCACUGUCCUGAAGGGCCAGGCAGACCUGCUGAAGCACGCUAAGAGCGAGUCACUGGACACUCUGCGCCAGAUCCACUGUGCAGCUCAGUCCUGUGGUCUCAGUAAGAACGGAGCAUCUUCUCCCCAGCUCCAGCACCAUCCUCACCACCAGCCACAGCAGGUCCAGAUCCAGCAACAGCCUCAGGCCAAGGCCCACCCACAGCCCCCGCCACUGCACCAGUCCCAAACUCAACCCAUAUUCCAGACAGCACCUCAGGCUUAUCUCCAUCCCCUUCCCCAGCAACAUCCCCAGCUACCAGCUCUCCCUUUGGUUCAAACUGUUUCAAAACCUCCGGCCUAUCCUCAACCCCCUCCCAUACCCCAGUCCCAGUUCCAGAGCCAGCAGCAGAGGGCCGCAGGCCCUCUGGACGCCAUCCCUGAGAAAGAGAUGGUCGGUGACAAUCCUGCGGGAUCCUGCUGACCCGCAGCCUGUGCCCACAGAGAAUCCUACCCAAAGAGAGACAGAGAGAGCGAGAUAGGGAUGCAGAAGCAGAUAGGUGUAGAAGAAAAAAAGGAAGCCGGUAACGAAAGGGAGAUGGAGGAAAUGGCAGAGAGAGUCAAAGAGAUGAUGAUGGUGAGGAGGACUCGUCGUGUUAGAAGUGAGACACAAGUCUGAGAGGAUGUGUGAGUUGGCCAGAGCACUUAAGGAGAAAAGGAGAGACCUCGCGCUUCAAUCACACAUUUCUAAACAGGGUGGGAAACUGGAAAGAUAACGUCUACUUUUCUAGUGGAUUUGGAAGAAAAUCUUCCAUCUGAGCCAAGAGGUUAAGGUCUCCUCCGUUUUCUCUCUUGUUAAAAGCCAAAAGGGUACCAGCUGGUAACAAACCUCUGCUAUGUGUUUUUUGCAUAGGAAUAUAUUAAGCGGUUGGAUCAGUGAGUUAGAUAUGUCUCUCUCUGGGCAGUUCUAGUUACAUGCCCCUCCACUAUUUCGGUACUCUAGCUCUGUGGGUACAGGCUUUACCUCACAUUGGCAUUUUCUGCCACAUUUCUUGCCUUUUCAUUUCAGAGACUCCUUGGCUUGUCUUUGUUUUCUUCAUGCUUACACUCUUCCUCUUCCAUCUUAGACAUAUAGCUAAGUUCAAAUCCUCACUCUUUUCAAUGAAGAGGAUGCCAUCUUCAUUUUAAGUGCACAAAGUAGAGCAGCUUGUCUAGGCUGAGCUCUGUAGGAGUCACAACCACAAACCAGGGAGCUGUAAAGCUUCAAUACAAAAACAAACUGCACCUGUUCAUUUGUUCAGUCACAUCGAUGCAUCCCUUGCUGGUGUCAAUCUCCAUCGAGCCCCCACACAUCUCCAGUGUCAUUCCUUAGGAUUUAAGUUCAGGGGUCUCCUUGUCUCCUCCCCAGGGGGCUGUGUGUGUGUGUGACGUUACGUGAGUUGGUGUUUUGGUCCCCAGGGUGGAGCUAGCCCACGUCCGUAAGUGGCACAGCUCCUCAGCCAAUCACAACUGGAAUAUUUGACCCUGCCUGUUAGAGGUCAAAGGUCAACAGGAAUAUGGUACUGCUGUCAAUAAAAACAGAAUAAAGUGACUAUAGAUGUAAACUGUAUGUAAAUGUACGAAAGGAACAUAUAUUGCUAUAAUAAUUCUUGCAGACACGGAUAUUACUGAUUGAUAUUAUAAUAAUUGUUGUUAGUUCUAUUGAUAUUCUGAUUCUUUUUUUAACAUUACUUCCACAUUUACAGUGAUUUGACACCUGUUGUUCUGUGGUGCAGAUCAGGACAACCAGUGCAUGUGGGACUGGAAUGAGGGAUUACGGGUUAGCGCCACAACACAAGGGUCAAACAAUAACCUGACGUGUGUUUCACUGCAAAGUGAGUGUGGAUUCUGUAAAAGCUCCUUUAAGUGGCCCAUUAAAAACUGGCUUCAUUGUUUAA